AAUGGCGGCUAUAUGGUAAAUGAAGGGAAAUUAAUGUCGAAUGAAUUUUAGAGGAUUCCAUACCUGAAAACUAACAUAGAAAUAAUUUUUGUUGUUCGCCUGUGGGCAAAGAGAUUUAGUCUGCAAUGACGAAUAGAACAGCGUAUUUUUAUGAUCCGGACGUGGGGAACUUUCAUUACGGUGCUGGACACCCAAUGAAGCCUCAUCGUCUGUCCCUAACGCAUAGUCUUGUUCUACACUAUGGCCUCUAUAAAAAGAUGAUGGUGUUCAAGCCAUACAAAGCCUCUCAGCACGAUAUGUGCCGGUUUCACUCCGAGGAUUACAUAGACUUCCUGCAGAAGGUCAGCCCUAACAACAUGCAGGGCUUCACAAAGAGUCUAAACACCUUCAAUGUGGGAGAUGACUGCCCUGUGUUUCCAGGCCUGUUUGAAUUCUGCUCCCGGUACACAGGAGCCUCUCUGCAGGGAGCAACACAGUUAAACCACAAGAUAUGUGACAUUGCCAUCAACUGGGCUGGAGGUCUCCAUCAUGCAAAAAAAUUUGAGGCCUCUGGAUUUUGCUAUGUGAACGACAUUGUCAUCAGCAUACUGGAACUGUUGAAGUACCACCCACGCGUCUUGUACAUUGACAUUGACAUUCACCAUGGUGACGGGGUGCAAGAAGCCUUCUAUCUCACGGAUCGAGUCAUGACCGUGUCCUUCCAUAAAUAUGGGAAUUACUUUUUUCCAGGAACAGGUGACAUGUACGAGGUGGGGGCAGAGAGUGGACGCUAUUACUGCCUGAACGUUCCUCUCCGAGACGGGAUUGAUGACCAGAGCUACAGACAACUGUUCCAGCCAGUCAUCAAGCAGGUGGUGGACUUCUACCAGCCGACCUGUAUCGUCCUUCAGUGUGGUGCUGACUCACUGGGCUGCGACAGACUGGGCUGCUUUAACCUCAGCAUCAGAGGCCAUGGGGAAUGUGUGGAGUUUGUAAAGAGCUUCAAGAUCCCCCUGCUGGUGCUGGGAGGAGGCGGGUACACAGUGCGCAACGUGGCCCGAUGCUGGACCUAUGAGACUUCUCUGCUAGUUGAAGAGUCGAUCAGUGACGAGUUACCCUAUAGUGAAUACUUUGAGUAUUUCGCCCCAGACUUCACGCUCCACCCAGACGUCAGCACCAGGAUAGAGAAUCAGAACUCCAGGCAGUACCUGGAGCAGAUCCGUCAGACAGUGUUUGAGAACUUGAAGAUGCUGAACCACGCCCCCAGCGUCCAGAUCCACGAUGUGCCCUCCGAUCUGCUGAGUUACGAGCGCACGGACGAAGCCGACCCUGACGAGAGGGGCUCAGAGGACAACUAUUCCAGGCCAGAAGCAGCCAAUGAAUUCUAUGAUGGUGACCACGACAAUGACAAAGAGAGCGACGUGGAGAUCUGAUUGGCCAGCUGAGGAUCUUUCCUUCUGGGUGGAACAGAGCCAGCAGAAUCCACCGGAAGACUUCGCUGAUGGCCCGGCGGAUGGACGGAGAUGACCCUCUCUCCCUCCACUCGGACACAGGGCUUGUUUAUCUUUCCAUCACGUUGACUUGACUGCCAUGUAACCCUGGUGAGAUGAUGGAGGCCAGCAUCCUAAACCUUGAACUGAUUUCUUUUUUUGUCCAUUUUUAUAUAUAUACAUACACAUAUACUUGUAUUGUUUUAAAUAUUUAGUAGACCCAUCUUAUCCACCUUUCUACUUGAGCAGUACUGUACUACAAAGCACUUCCCCCAGACAUGUGUUUCCUGUUAACACUGCAAAGGCAUCCAGAAGAGGUGGCCUUGGGGGGGCCAGAGGUGCAGAGUCAUAAACCCGUGUUUAGUCACUUGUGAAAUCCUUUCUUGCCCAUCUCUGUGUUAUACAGAGGAGGGGAGGGUUCCUGUCCCCAGGGCUCAGGUUAAAGGUCAAACAGUUUUGACCUUCAGUGGUUCCUUUCUCAUCUUGAAUGGACACAAGGUGUGGUGUAGAUAGACCUAUGUCACCUGUGUCACCAGUCUUAAAGCCAGUCCUCUGCCUCAGUAGGCAGAAACAGGUUACCUUCAAGUGAGAAUUUUCCUUUUAAAAUCUUUUUUUUUUAUAGACAAGAGACUGUUUUGUAAUGAUAUGGAAAUAAAUGGGACUAAUAAUUACUGUUUUAGGCUGCACUGACUUCAUAUAAAGGCCUAGAAAUGACUUCUGAAGCGUUUGUGUGAAUU